UUUACCAACACAGAACCACUAAAUUUUUUUACUGCAAACGAAAACAAAUUUUUUCACUAAUAAACUUUAAUUUAUUAAAUUAGUCUUAAGGAAAUAAGGUCUAAAUAAUGGCGGAACAUCCUUUUGACAUGGACAGCUCCAGUUUCGAUGCGGAAAAGUAUCUGGAGAGGCUGCUAAAGGACUGUUCCCUUAAACAAAUCAUGGACACGGAAGCAGCGGUGGUCAAGGACACCCAAACCCUGCACUCGGACAUGCAAACUCUGGUCUACGAGAACUACAACAAGUUCAUCUCCGCCACGGACACCAUACGCCGCAUGAAGGACGACUUCAAGCAGAUGGAAACGGAUGUGAAUCUCCUAAUGACCAAGAUGCAGUCCAUCACUACGUUCAGUGAGCAAAUCACAGGAACCCUGCAGGGCACACGCUCUCAGCUGUGUCGCCUCUCCGAGAAGCAUUCCCUGCUGAAGCGCCUCCAGUUCCUGUCCACGCUGCCCGCCAAGCUGAAAUCGCUGAUUGAGGAGCAAAACUAUGCACAGGCUGUGCAAGAUUACCUUCAUGCCCAGAAGGUGUUUGCUCAGUAUGGACGACAGCCUUCCUUUGAUGGCAUUCAGCGAGAUUGUGAUGCUAUUAUGGCGGAUUUGAAGGAGCGAUUGAGAAAGGAUUUCCAACGAGCAGGGAAUACGGCACAAUCCCUGACGGAGAUUGGAGAACUGCUGUUGCAGCUGGACGAGAAGACCUCGGAUCUGGCCAGUGAAAUGCUGACCUGCGCUGGGAAACGUCUUCAUGAACAGAUAGUGAUGCUGCAGGAUCAGACCGAACGGGAUAUGCUGGAGUUUGUGGACAUGGGCAUAGAUGGUUUCCUUAAUGAUCUGGCCCUGGUGGUGACCUCCUACUUUGAUAUGUUUGUGGCCAAGCAUUACGAGCAGGAGCGCGACGACUUCCAGGAGAAUGCUUUACAAGAGCUCAACAUCUUCCUCAACGCCAAUAUAGACAAGUAUCUUACGCUCGUCCAGGAUCGUGUGGAGUCUGACAUAGGCUAUGGCGAUACUCAGGUGAUGCUGCGUGCUUUGGAUCGCCUUCAUCGCCGCCUGCAGGCCAUGAGGAAUAUCUGCCGGGGCUUGGAAGUGCAACGUAAUACAGUUUCUAUAAUUAUUGGAGCUGCCCAUCAGCUGUGCGAUGCCCAUGCCAAGAACCUCAAGGAUCACUUUGCUGAUAGCCUGAGUGCCGUGAGACUUUCCCUGGUUUCCGCCAAGAGUGAUGCUGCCACUGGACUGAAUCUGAGUGAUUUGAUUAGCAAUUUGUAUGUGGCCAUGGUGGAGAAGAUCAAGGGUGUGCUGCAGGAUCUGCUUAUCUUUCUGCGCACCGAUUGGUCUUUUAAUAUCAAGGCGGAACACAAGGGAGCCUUGUGUGUGGAGGGUAUAAGAGAGAAUUUGCUUAUAGGGUUCCUUCGUCACAUAGCCAAGGUGAUGUGUGGCUUUGGUGAAGCCUCCAGCUCCAGUCCACCCAAUCUGCUGCUGGUGCUGUCCAAGACUUGUCUGGAGUUGGAGCAGCAGGGCGUGCAUAUACUGAUUGCCCUUGUGGAUGAUCUCUAUGAAAUCGAUUCAGAGAACAGUGCCACCUUAACCCAUGAAACGGAGAUUUGUGCUGAAAUGAGGGAGACUGCCCAGGCCCUCCUGGAUGCCUAUGUCCGCCUGCAGGGCACCAAUAUCUCCCAAAUGCUGCGCAAAAGUGUGGAAACCAGAGACUGGCUCAAUUGCCUGGAACCCAGAUCCGUGAGAGCCGUGAUGAAGCGCGUGGUGGAGGAACUGGGCAGCAUUGAAACCGUGGUGGCCAGUCUGUAUGAGGCCACUUCUAAUACAGCUACGGGUUUCCGCACCACAGCCAGCAGUGAUUCCAGCCGAAAGACUUACUUUAGCAACUUUGCCUCCACCUCCAAGCCGCAGUAUCGUUCCAAUUGGUCCAACUAUACGCCCUCGCAGCUGGAGUCUAGCUAUGUUUCCAACAUACAUCGCUUGUUCUCGGAGCGUGUGGAGAUCUUUACCUCGGUGGAGUUUACCAAGGCCUCGAUUGUGAUGGGCAUCAUUAAAAUUGGUCUCAAGACUCUUCUGGAGUGCGUGAGACUAAGAACCUUUAGCAAAUAUGGCCUCCAGCAGAUCCAAGUGGAUGCCCAUUAUCUGCAAAUGAAUUUGUGGCGUUUUGUGAGCGAUGAAAACCUGGUAAACUUUCUCUUGGACGAAAUCCUGGGCUCAGCGGUUCAACGCUGCUUGGAAUCGGUUUUAAUGGAACCAAAUGCUGUGGAAAUUAUAUGCGAAAGGGGUUAGUAUUUAGGGUUUCCUUAAA